CUGACAGAGGGACAAAUUUUGUUGGAGCUGCAGAAGAGCUCAAAUUCAAAGUGAUCAAUGUUGAAGAUAACAAAAUGACUGAUUAUUUACGUGAUUCACAUGUUACAUGGAAAUUCAAUGCACCCCAUUCCUCACAUAUGGGAGGAGUGUGGGAAAGGAUGAUUGGUAUCGCUCGCAGAAUUCUAGACGGCAUACUACUAGGGGUUCAUGCUAAAAAUCUAUCACACGAAGUUUUAGUUACUCUCAUGGCUGAGGUUGUUGCUGUUAUGAACUCUAGACCAAUUGCCCCUAUCUCAAGUGACGCAGAUUGUCCAGUUAUACUAUCUCCAGCUACACUUUUGAACCAGAAAAUCAAUGGUGAUUCGUCUAUGUGUUUCGAUUUGGAUAUUCGUGAUUUGUACAAGAAACAGUGGAAGAUGGUUCAAGUGCUCUCGGACAUGUUUUGGAAACAGUGGCGAGACAGUUUCCUACAAACGCUUCAACCUAGGAGAAAAUGGCAGACGCAGCAAAUUUGUGUUAAAAAUGGUGAUGUUGUACUCCUUAAAGACAAACAGGUGCCAAGGAAUGAAUGGCCGGUUGGAAUUGUGACCAAUGCUAUCAAAAGUGACGGUGAUAAGUUAGUGAGAAAAGCUGAAAUUCGAGUAUGUAAAUUCGGAAAAUGUACUAAAUUUACACGCCCAGUGACAGAGAUGGUUGUCCUUGUGGAAUGAACACAGUGUAAAUAAUCAAGACACCAUUGUCAUGCGUUAAGUGUUAUGAACAACAUUCAUCUAUAUAAGUGAAGUGUGUGAUGGGAUCACAGUGGGGGGAGUGUGGAGUUCAGGGUGAACUGUGUUUUUGUAACCUUUUCGGUGGUUUUAUAUCUUUUGCCUAAAUUGAUUCUAUAUAUUGUGCUUACUGUAUAUGCCAGAAACGCAUGCUGUUUUAUUAAACCAAGUCAUUUCUUUGUUUAUUCCUAUCCAUAUUGUUGAUGGGUAGUGAAUAAUGAAUGCAGAAAUGUUGUAACGUCACCCUCGAGUGUUCACGACUUUUUACGAUAAAUGAGAUUAAGCAAAAUUUCGUUGUCGUUGUCGUUCCACCGGCUAAGGGCGGAAAAG